AUAUAAGCCAGCGCUGCGAGAGCGGUGCAGUUAGUGCUGGCCAGGCCAGGCGAGGGCAGCGUCGCUCUGCUCGCUUCAGCAUAGCGGAUCAGAGCAAAGAGGAGGCUCACCCGGAGGGCGUCGGCCGGACCAUGGAAAACGAAUUCACGUAUGAAGAUUAUAAGUGCACUGCAGAAUGGCUUCUAUCUCACACCAAGCACCGACCUCAAGUAGCAGUGAUCUGUGGUUCUGGGUUAGGAGGUCUGGCUAAUAGAUUAACGGACACUCAGGCCUUUGACUACAGUGAGAUACCUAAUUUUCCACAAAGUACAGUGCCGGGCCAUGCUGGCCGACUGGUGUUUGGGAUCCUGAGUGGUAGAGCCUGUGUGAUGAUGCAGGGCAGGUUCCACAUGUAUGAAGGAUACCCACUCUGGAAGGUGACAUUUCCUGUGAGGGUUUUCCAGCUCUUGGGUGUGGAUACCCUGGUGGUCACCAAUGCAGCUGGAGGGCUCAACCCCAAGUUUGAGGUUGGGGAUAUCAUGCUGAUCCGUGAUCACAUCAACCUACCAGGAUUCUCUGGCCAGAACCCUCUUAAAGGGCCCAAUGAUGAAAGGUUUGGAGUUCGUUUCCCUGCCAUGUCUGAUGCCUAUGACCGGAGUAUGAGGCAGAAGGCUCACAGUACCUGGAAACAGAUGGGGGAGCAGCGAGAGCUUCAGGAAGGCACCUACGUGAUGCUGGCAGGCCCCAGCUUUGAGACCGUGGCAGAGUCUCGUCUGCUGCACAUGCUGGGGGCGGAUGCUGUGGGCAUGAGCACAGUACCAGAAGUUAUAGUUGCACGGCACUGUGGACUUCGAGUGUUUGGUUUCUCCCUCAUCACGAACAAAGUCAUCAUGGAUUAUGAAAGCCUGGAGAAGGCCAAUCAUGAGGAAGUGCUGCAGAGCGGGAAACGAGCAGCGCAGAAGCUGGAACAGUUCGUCUCCAUCCUUAUGGCUAGCAUUCCGCUCCCUGACAAGGCCAGCUAGCCAGCCUGGAGCAGCUGGCGUAUCUCUACUCCCCACGCGUAGCUGCUGCCUACAUACUUUGGCCCUUUCCUGGAGUCACGUGCCUCUGCCCUAAGGUAGCAAAAGGAGAGGAAGAUCCUUAUCCUGACCUUCCCCACUUUCUCCCACUAGGCACUUUUGGAGCCAGGUCUUUUGCUCACUUGCCUUUUCAAUGCAGUCCCUGCCAUCAUUCUUCCCCAAGAGCUGGAGCUCAUGCCCUGUCACAUCGUCGCGGUGGAUAUGCCAGGAUUUCACCAGUAACCACCACUAGCUUUUUCAAGAACUUGUCCCUCCUAUCCAAUGCAACUUUGUUCCUUUUGACCAAUGUCUCCCCUUUCUUUUCCUACCCCUGUCUCUGGUAAUGAUUAUUCUACUCUCUACCUCCGAGUUCAACUUGUAUAGGUUCUAAAUUCUCACAUUCCAUGGACUUAGUUCUGCCCCACUUAAGUCACUAGAGACCAAAUAAGGACCCUCCCCCCGACUGCUACUGGGUUCUAUCUAACACCAUGUUUUGAGAAUAAAGAAAAAGAUGAAAUUUUA